AACUGAAGUGUGACGCCUCUGAACAAAUUUCGUUACAAUAUCCCAAUUGGCAUUUUGACAGCUAGUAGUUUGCCAGUCCUUCAAAGCAAUGAAAGAGCUCUUUGAGGCAAUACAUGAUUGACAAGAGACAUGUAUCAAGACAAACAAAGAUAUUACAUCUGUAACGACUUGUGAUCCAAAUCACCCCAUUAGUAUCCGUGCUGAGAUGUUCCCAUAUGGAAACAGACUUUCUUUGUAGAUGCGGUCAUCACGAUCAAUUUUUCUGAAGAAAGAAUAAUGUCUGCAGGUGACUUGGCACAUGCCGUAUUGAACCGACUUUUCCAGUCUGGAUUGGGCAAAAAAUACAGAUCAAACAUAUGGACCAUCCCUUCCCUAUCAGAGCAAUCUCAUAAUCUUGAUAUUCUUGAGGUUAUAAUCUCAGAAAUUCUUUGUGCCUGUCAGGUAAUUCUUAUUUUCGAUGGUCUCGAUAUGCUGUCCUCACCAUUUCGUACGCCUUUUGCGGGUAACUCAGCACACGCAGACCCGGUAGCAUUGGAAAUCUAUGCAACGAUAAGAUCGAUAGCUAUCCCUCAUACCAGGCCAGAAGCUACAACACGAGGGUGGUUAAUUUUGACUGCUCGGCGCCCUGAUCUCGAAUGGUUGGGGAAUAAAAUAGGUCUCAAGAAACCAGAGAUCCAGCGUUUUGAACUUCAAGGGUUAGAUCUGUCUGACAGCGUAGAAUUUUCUCAAAAGAUUCUCUGCGACGCUGGUGAAGAUACCUCAAAGUGGGGCUUUGAGGACAUCGACUGGCUAGAAGCGGUAAUUGACAUUUUACAAGGUCUCCCUUCAGCCCUAUUGGAGAUUCUUCCCGUUCAACGAGCACUUUCAAUACCAUGGCGGGAGUUUUACCACCGACUGCAUAGUGAUAUAUUUAAUUCAUUAUCAGAACUGAAGGGUUUAGGCCCAUAUUCCCUUCUCGAGGAACUUUGCUACCUCUCUUCGGCACUUCCCCGGGAUUGCUUUGUCUUACUAUUAAUUUUCAGCUGUUACUGGAACGAAACACCCCCGCUAUAUGUGCUCCAGACGCUUUUCAUGGCCACUUCGGGAAAUGAUUUUGAUCCUAAUAAACAAGAAGAGGUCGAGCUACAGUCAUUUACUGAAUGGGCAGCACUGACAUUAUCAUAUGCUAUUGAUAGAGGAUAUAUACGCACAGAUCAACGGUCGGAGAUUGCCUGGGUGCAUCCGUUAUUCACUAUUUAUGCCCGUGCUUUUGUGCUCGAGUUCAGCCCAUAUACAAAACAACCCCAUAUGCAUAAACUCAUAUUGGAAUCCAUUCAGUUGAUUCCAUUCCACUGGAAAAUGGAAAGAACAUUACCUUCAAGCAAAGAUGGGCUAGACAUCGAAACUACCAAUUGCGGUGGCGACGCAAAUGUGCUUACUUGUAUCAAGCUGUUUCUUCAAAUCCCGUCCAAGAUAUCUGCAAACGAGUGGCCAAUACAUCUGGUCAGCACCUACCUCGCAGAUCACCCACUAUCGAUCCACAUUACAGAAAGUCUUCUCGAACUCCUAUGCAUAUUUAUUGAGCAUUCACAAGGGUCAAUUGAUAUCAUCACAUUCUGUAUCAAGUCUAUAGGCUAUAUUUUCUGCAGCUCGAAAUUACAGCUCUGGUGCUAUGAGCGCCGCGCAAAACUACUGAAUUUAAGCAACAGGAUGAUGCAAUUAUUAGACAAAUAUCACGGGGAAGACUCAAGCCCCGUGGCUCCAAUUUUAAAGGCUUUUUUACUCGGAGAUAUCAUGUUUAAUUUCUCUGAUCACCAGAGGAGCUUUAACAAGCGGAAACUUGCUCAAGAUGCUUUUCCGAUAGUCAGUGCGUUGCGGUACAAGGCUCUUCAACAGCUCAACCGUGGCACUGAAAAGCUGGAAAAUGAAAAGUAUGACAAUCGUCACUACAUGAAGAGUGUCAAGUUUCCAGUGGACUUGCCAGAAGACAAGAACUCACUAAUCCCACGGCUUGAUAUUGAUGUGAAGCUAGUGAAUAGGUUUUUUGAUGACAUAAUUGAGAAUUUGAAUAGUCAAGCAUCCGAAUAUAGUACGGAAAAGCAUGAAGAAACCCCAGAACGGAACCUCGAUGUCUAUUAUGAGAACCGCAGCAAGCUGAAGGAAUUUUUUCGGAAAUAUACAGAGGGGCCUGCGAGACGAGUCGAGCUGGAAAAUUCGAUCCGCUGUUGUCCCUUUGAAGUGAAGUUUGAAGUACCCAGUAAAAAUGAGGGCUUCUCUUCGAUACUCAAGGAGCUUGAAGACGCCACGGAUACAGGCGAUGUCUCGCAAGCCUUUAAACACCAUCAAAAUAUGCUCGAAGAAGCAAUGGACGAUUUCUCAUAUGAUAAGGCUGAUGAGCACAUUGAAUCCCUGCGUGAUAUAUGUAAAGGAUCUGUCACACUUGAAAUAUUCGGCCCAUUAUUGGAUCAGAUGAAGAAGGGGAUCGAUGAGGACAGACUUUACAUGAUGUUAGUAAGCAGCCUAUUCCCGUCUGAAGGAGGUGGAGGCAGGAGAGACGCAAUACAAGUGAGUAAAGAAUUGUUAACAUUGAUGGCUGAUGUUGCACCCAAACAUGCAUCUCUCAUCAACACUUCUUGGUUUAAUCAAAUUGCAUUCAAGAGAGGGAACGGUAUUUAUCUGUCACACAUGCCUAGGGGAAAGAUGCAAAGGCUCAUCAGAAUGCAUGCAAAGUGUUCCAAGGACGAACACUCUGUGACGCAAAGCAUCGCCAAUAAUGAGGCUCUUGUCGAAGCAUUGGUGGCAUCAAGGGAUGCCUUUACAGAAAACAAAUACACCAGCGUUCUUGCGAACUUGGACCGUGUAGAGGAGAUCUUUGAGAAGGACGAGUUGAUACGUGAAGUCUUUGCGGAACUCGAUUUUUUAGAGAAGGUUCGAUGUUAUUGCAAAUUUGAGCUUAAAAUUGACGCUAUUCGGAGUGCUCUAUUUAACGAAGAGUUUAAUCUUGCUCGGUCUUAUGUCAACGAUAUCUUAAGCCUUAUCCCUGACGGGAUACCUGAUGAGGGAAAUCUAGAAGCUCUCAAGGAGCUACGUACAGUAAUUGUUGAACAAGCCUCGCUCUAUGUUGGCAUAGAGGAGGCCAAAAGUUGCAAUGAUUUCCAGAAAGUGAAAACGUUGUGUGGCGAGUAUGUGAAAAAUUGGAAAAGCAUGAAAAAGUUCGGCCCCGUUAAGGAAGUGGAUGUUUUUCUCACAGCAACUCUGGAGUGGAUGAUCCAAAAGGCGAUAGCCACAGAGCAGUGGGAAGAUGGUCUUAAUCUCUGCGAUGAGAAUUUGCGAUCUGGUACUUCGCUGAUCAGCGAAAUCUAUUUGCACCAGGACAAAUUAGUCGCUAUAAGAGAACUCUGUGAAGGCGCACUCAUUAACGAGAGGCUUGACGCAGCAGAAGCCAAGUCCGACGUGUCAGCAUGUCUUGAAUCACUUAACCACUUGGAAAGGCUUUGGAACCACCAAAGACAGACGUCGGGCCAAAUUCGAUUCUCCUUUAUAACUCUCAGUGAGAAACUACUGAGAUUUCUUAAAUCCUCAUAUGAAGAAAGAUGUAUCCCCUGUGCCAGAUGGGCACGACACAGAGAUGAUCAACCUUGUAUACUUGACCGGCAGAAUCAAGACAAGGAGGGCGAAAGAAGUUUACAACAUGAUAGAAAAAUAUUCCGCGUUGUAUUUGGAUGUGCACACCACUGCCAAGGGGGGUAUUGCUUUCUGGAUUAAUUUGUGAAGCAGGUCACUGGAAAUACUCUCAUCAUACUACCUUCA